UACGACGACGACGACGACUACGACGACGACUACGACGACGACGAGUGCCACGCGAGAAGAGGCCCGAGUUCUGCUCCGUGCAGGCAACAAACUCCGGAACGUACUUCUGCCCGUGCCUCAAAGCCGACGAUUGACUCUCCCGAUCGUGUGUAUUACUCGUUGCCGCUAACGCCGAAGAUCAACUGCUGCCGGUCCCCGCUGCCGGUCGCCGCUGCUGCCGCUUCUUCGUUCGCGGUCUUAACUCACCUUUACCUUACCUGCAGCCUGCAGCCAGCCCGACUUCGUUCGUUCGCUCGUUCGCUCGCUCGUUCGUUCGUUUCUUGUACUAUAUAUUACGUUAUACUAUACGUUCGUUAGUUGGUUCGCCGCUCUUCGUGAUCGUUGUACCUCAUACUACCUUGAAACCAUCUGAAGCGUCAGUUUGAACACCGCGGCUCCGUCGCCCGCAACACACAGAGGCGCGCGCUCUCGAAUACUCCCCGAGGGAGAACGAUCGCGAUCGAUUUUUCAGUUUUUAACGAUCUUCGGUCCGCGUUGUACUUGGAAUAUUGUUUUUUCUUAUCGACGAAUCGUCGAAACCAAGCCGAGUGCCGCGAACGAACUCUGGAAGAAACCGCGACCUGUCGUCGUUCGACCGUUCAAAUGACAUCCGCGGUGGAUAAUCGUACCGCGUAAGAUGUCUGCGUAAAUGUCGUCUGAUAUAAAGCAGUGCAACGAACACGGCACAAUCAUGACUAAAUCGUACGACGAGUGCCGGUAUUUCAAGUGGAUCGGUGUGGGAAGAUUUUGAUAGGACUGCCUGCCGUGAUACGAAGUUAAAUCGAAUUCGCGAUUUUUCGAUCGAUCGGAAAAAAAACAAAUAAUAAUAAUCUUUACCACGAUUUUUCCUAAAAACAAAACUAUCCUCGACAGUGCGGAGGAUCGAUUACGUACCUCUUCGAGAUGCCUGAUUCAGUGGUAAUUUUGAGUGUGUUUUGACAGUUCUCUCCAUAUACGUACGUAUUGCCGUGUGUGUCGACGUACGAGCAUUCAUAUACACAUGGGUACGCAUAUCUAGUGUGGUGUGAUUGUGAUAUUAAACUAUUCAUUCAACGAAUCGAACGUAUAAAAUACAUCCAUCCACAUCGGACAGUUUUAAGACUGAAAUCGUAGAGUAAAACAUGGAGGGUAGCGAGUGGGAUCAUGGAACAUUGAGGGAAGAAGAAUUCGAACAGCAUGCCGUCUAUUUGGUACCAGAUGUCACGCCGAAUCCGAAUGAUUCCAAUCGGGCGGAAGCUUCUCUGCCGAGGAACCUUGUACUCAAACCUUCGCAAGCCCUUAACGACGUUCUGGGCGUUUGGAGCACCAGUUACAUCCCUAAGGGCACGAGGUUCGGCCCUUUGGUCGGACAAGUUUACACGAAGGAUUCCGUUCCCGCGGACGCGAAUCGGAAAUAUUUUUGGAGGGUUUACAAGAACAACGAAUUGUUCUAUUACAUCGACGGCUACGAGGUCCAAAAGUCGAAUUGGAUGCGGUACGUGAAUCCCGCCUACUCCUCGGAGUCGCAGAACCUCAUCGCUUGUCAAUACAAGAUGAAUAUUUAUUUUUACACCAUAAAACCGAUCCUACCGAACCAAGAACUCCUCGUGUGGUACUGCAGGGAAUUCGCGGAGAGGCUAAACUACCCGUUAACGGGUGAACUGAUGCUCCAGAGAAUAAGACAACAAGUUCAACAGUCGGCCGUACCACCCGAGAUUCCUACGUCGGUGGACGUGACGACGCCCCUGAUAAAGGAAGGUGUUAUUUACGAAAGGCGUUCCCAAAUGACCCCUACGGACGGUUCGGUGAGAUCGGACGAGGGUUACCAUUCGAACGGUUACCACGACGAAAUUUUAACACCGCCCGAGGAGAGCAGCGAAUCGGAUUCGGAGAACAAUUACGUGUUGGACUUUAGCAAGAACGCGAAAGCGCCGAGCAGCAACGAGAUCCUCAAGCAGGAUUCUAACGUAGUUAAAAACGAGUACAGAAAGGUGAAGAUAAAGAUAAGCAAGACUUACAACAACUUCAACAAAAGCAUGGAAAAUUUGAAGGACGACAUAGUGAGCGGUGCCGCGUCGCCCGAUCAAGUUCUUCAGAUACAGAAAUCCGUGUCCCCCACGUUGCAGAAGAACACCGUGCUCUCCACGUCCUCGGAGGAACACGUCCCCGAAAAACUGAUACCCAAACAAUUUUACGAACCUGAAAUAAAAUUCUCUUCCCUCCCCAUGCCGAGCAGCAUAAGACCGGCAUAUCUGAACAACUCCAGCAGUAUAUUGGAGAACAUUUUGCUCCGAAAUAACACGGACAACAACAACAACAACAACAACAACAACAACACGAUAAUAAACAACAACAACAACUCGAGCAGCAACGGAGUACAUCCCGAUUCCGUGACGCCGCCUCCUUCGAGUCCGACGGAGAUGGCCUAUUCCUACAAAAAGUCGCACAGGUACGGAAACAUAAUGCCAUGCAGUCCGGACUCCAGUUCGAAUCUUCCCAUCCACGCCGACACGUCGGCGAACGCGGUGGUGAACUCGACGACGGGACUUCUUCUGAGUCCGGGCAAUCUGCAUUCGAGUACCGGAAGCAGCAGCAGCAUUCACUCGAGUUCGGGUGGCAAUUUGCACUCGUCGACGCCGAGUAUUCAUCAGGUGAGCGGGGGGAAGCAGCGCAAGUCGAAGAGCCCGUCGCCAGGAACGACGAUUCUCUACUCGACGUCGUCCGUGACUCAGAUACCGAACGGCGCCGCGGAGUCGAGCUCGAUUUACCUGAACAGCAAUUCGAGCAUCGCGCCGAUAUCUCCGAUCCAAUCGCCCGGCUCUUAUCCUUACAACAUUUACCACCAUGCCCAGGGUAAUUCGAUGCAUCACAACGUCGCCCCUCUUUCGAUCAACACGGCUUACUCGCCGACGCCCACGAAUAUCUACGAAAGGAACGACAGGCGGCUGGAAUCGCAUCACCAGCUGCCAACGUCAUCCACAAUGCAGAUCGACGGCAAUCAGGCCCUGAUAACGGGAACGCACAAUCUCCACCUCGGGCAUCAUCCGGGAUUAACGAUCUCCAAUUCCAUGAAUCGCUACUCCCCAGCUAGCUCGUUGUCACCCGACGACCACGGAUGCUCCCAGAGCGGGGCGCUCAGCCCCAACUCCCAAGGAUCGAGGGGGUACAGAUCCCUCCCCUAUCCUCUGAAGAAGAAGGACGGCAAAAUGCACUACGAGUGCAACGUCUGUUGCAAAACGUUCGGCCAACUGUCCAAUCUAAAGGUUCAUCUGAGGACGCAUUCCGGGGAAAGACCCUUCAAGUGCAACGUCUGCACAAAGAGCUUCACUCAGCUGGCUCAUCUUCAGAAACACCAUCUAGUUCACACAGGUGAGAAGCCGCACCAGUGUGAAAUUUGUAAAAAAAGGUUCAGUUCUACGUCGAACCUAAAGACUCAUCUGCGCCUUCACUCCGGUCAAAAACCUUACGCGUGUGAUUUAUGCCCGGCUAAAUUUACCCAAUUUGUACAUUUAAAGUUACACAAAAGACUCCACACGAACGAGCGCCCCUACACUUGCCAAGGUUGUGACAAAAAAUAUAUAAGUGCCAGCGGACUGAGGACGCAUUGGAAGACCACCAGUUGCAGACCGAACAACAUUGAGGACGAACUCGCCCUCGCUGCCGCGGUCGGUUCUCCCAAUUAUUACGAAUACGGACCCGAGAUGGGCGUCGGGAACAUGUCGUCGAAAGAUUGCAAAUUGGAGCACAUGGACAGCUACGAGAGAUCCGGUCACGGUGGGAACGGCGUCAACGUCGGUCCCGUAGGUGAUCCGGGUAGCACGGACGGCGGAAGUAACGGUAGUCACGGUCACAAUCCCCAUUCGACGUCGCUGCACAAUUUGGAAAAUUCCGUGGGUAGACCGAGUGUGAUAGAAUCGUCGCAACCGCACAUCAUCGAAUGUACUUAAGCUUAAAGUAAGCAAGCUCAAUUAAUUAAUGGCUAGAGCUAUAUUACUCGUAAUGAAUUUAUUGCAGCUGCGUAUAAGUGGUAUGUAUUUAUAUGAGAUUUUCAUUGCGUAUAGAAAUACACACGUAAAAAAAAAAAAAACAAGAGAGAUAAUGAAAAAAAAUCCAAGGAAACGCGCAAAAUCCACCCUUCGAUUCAGAAUCAAAGUACACAAGGGUACAUACGUAGAGAGAAAAUAUCGCUAGUCGAAAUUUCGAGGUCCUUUCUCGGGUGGGAGGACGAGGGCGUCUGGAUCGACGACAGUAACGCAGAAAAAAAAAAAAAAAAAACAACAACGUGGACAACAAAAUUGAAAAUUGAAAAAUGAUCGAUCUCAAUCGUCAUCGUCGCAAUCCAGACGUAAAAAAAAAAAAAGUAAAAUCUAUGAAACAUUUUACUUUCCCUCGAUUUCAAGUAAGCUUUUUCAGUGCGUAUCUGCAGGCCCAAAUUUAAAAUCCCCAUAAUCCGGUUUUCGUGUUGAAAAAAGAAAAGAAAAGAAAUUAACAAAAAAUAUAUAACAAGGUGCUAAUUACGUAACUGUACAUAGUGCGUUAAAGAAAAAAAAAUAAAAGAAAUGUUGUCAUACCCGGUAUACAACGGCUAUGGGACAUCGUGCAUGAUAUCCUAUGAAUUCAAAAAAAUAUAUCUUCGAAUUACCGUGUUGUUAUUUAUGGUGACGUAUGCCUUAAUUGCGACCCCAUGGGCCCCAGCCUAAUUAAUGAAACUAAUUAAGACCGAAUAGCCACGUUCGUGAAAAGUUGGAAAACCGAACGAACGAAAAAGUGAAAAACUCUCUAUCCAACGUACUUAUUUCCUUUGUACGUAAAUUUUUGUAAAUUCUCUUCGAAUGUACCGACGAAGAAUCGAUACAUUGGCUGAAAAAAAUCAAGAGAAGAGAGAAUUCGCAUUGAACAAUUAUUCGUUGGACGUGGAAUUUCACUUGGGUCGCGAUUGAGGUCCGAACAAAGAGAAACGAUGAUAACAUAAAAAAUGAUAAGAAACGCAAAAUAAAAAAACAAAAUGGCGGAUUUUGUCGGCACCCGCCACAACUUAAAAACCAGUGACGACACGACUGCAACUAUACGAGACCUGUACCUGUAUAUACUAACAUUAUUGAUUAAUUAUUUGGUAUUCAAAGUAAUUUAAAGACAAAAAGACACUCUAAUUUAAAGGAUGAUAAUUUAAUUUGUUAAAAAAAAAAUGAAUAAUUAUUAAAAUAAAAUAAAAUAUUUAUAUAUAUAUAUUAUAUGUUUCAUUGGAUCGCUAUAGAUUCUAAUAUAAGUCAAACGCGGCGAGCUUUGUCCACAGUAACUUAUUAUUUAAUUCAAUCGUAUGAAAUGAAAAAGGAGAAAAUAAAUAAAUUAAUAAAUAAAUAAAUGAAUAAAUAAAAUUAAAGAAGAUUGUUGUAUAAGAUUCUCAUUAAAUAUUAAAAUUGCUUACAUCAAUUUCCCCAGUUAUUUUUUAAAAUUAUUUAUUCAACCGUUUAUUACGAUACGUAUACAUACACAUAUAUAUAUACAUACUUUUACCAAUAAUAAUUUUAAUAAUAUUAAUAAUAAAUACAUGAUAGUAAUAGUAAUAUUAAUAGUAAUAAUAAUGAUGAUAAUGAUAAAAGAAAUACAAUAUUAAUAACGCUAAUAAUAAUUAUUACAAUAAGGACAACAAUAUUCAAUGGUGAGAGAAGCAAUUUGUAUAGAAAACGAAAUACGCGAGGAGAAAAAAACACAAAAAACGAAAAAAAAUGGAAAAUGAAAAAGCAAAUAAAAAACGAAACUGAUGUAUAAAGGUUACUCUGGACGCGGUCCAAUCGCGAAAGAACUGCUAUAUAAUCAUGUACAUGUAUAUUAGUAUAUUGAAACGGAAAAAAUUAAAGGGAAUAAUCAUAGACUAGUAAUUUAUUAUAAACAACCGAUCAUUUCUCUGCAAUACGAAUUAAUCAAUCCGUAACAAUUCAUUUUCAUUAUUAGAUUACUGCUCUAUGAUUUUCAAAUAUUGAAUGAUAUGUAACAGAAACCGGUGCAGAUUGCUCGUGCUGAUAAUCAUGGAUAUACGUAUACUAUAACAUAAUACUAUACUCAAUUUUUGGAAGUCAGUUUUAUUUUCUUCAUUGAACAGGUACAAUUGUUAUAACAUUGGUUUUUUUAUUCUGCAUCUUUUUUCUUUGGUUUAUUUUCAUUUCUUUUUUGUUCUUAAUCUUUCUUGCAAAUUUGUAUGACUAUAUGUAUAGUAAUAUAUAAUAUACGCGCGCGGUGAUAAUUUUUGCAAUAAUUUUUAUACGAAAAGCGUAUUACAUACAUGUAUACAGAGUUACGUAUCUGUAAUAGAUGCAGAACAGAGGAAUAAAAAGGAAGACGGAAAAUAAUUUGAAAAGAAAAAGUAUUUAGAGAACAUAUAUGCGAAACCCUAUGAUAAUAUAUAUCUAAUAAUAUGAUAUUAGAUAUAGGAAAAAUAAAUUAAAAUUAAUUUUGCAAGUGUGUAAUAAAAUCAUUAUAAAUAUAAAAUAAUAUCCGAUUUUGGAAAGUAAAAUUUUCACUUAUAGGCAAGAGCUUUCUGCGUUGUUCUGUAAAUAUUAGUAAAAUCAAUAAUAAUAUUAAUGAUGAUGAUAAUAAUAAUAACAACAAUAAUAAUAAUCAUUUAUAAUAGCAAUAAGUUGAAAUAAAAAAAAACAGUGUAGAUGAUUUGCAGGCAUUUUAUAUAAAGGCCUGUAAUAUAAAAAUUAUUAAUUUAUAUCGAACGAAUAUAAAUGAAAAUAUAUAUAUAUAUAUAAACUGAUUGUAUGUAUGAUAAUAAUAAUAAUGAUGAUAAUAAUAGUAAUAAUAAUAAUUACAAUGUGAGGAAUGGGUAAAUUACCAAAUCUGCAACGCGUUUGUAAUGAAACGAAAAACCUAUAGUCAACAUUUUUGGAAAGUAAAUGCGAUCCGGUUAUACAUACAUAUAACAUGCGAAACUUUUUUUUUCUGCAUUAUCCAUAUAAAAAAAAAUUAAUUGCGAGGUCAGUAUUGUAUAUCUAUAAAUGUAACUAUGUAAUUCACUUAAAAAAAAAAGAUUAGGAAAAAAUUAAGUGAAAAUGAAAUGAGGUGGAGAAAGCGAUAUUAGCGUAAGCAUUCCUAUAGGAUAUUAUAAUUAUAAAUUAACACUGACAAUUAUUAUUAUUAUUGUAAUAGGAGCGAUGAAAUUAUUAAUAUUAAUAGUAAUAAUAAUAAUCGAGUAUAAUAAUUUGGAAAUUAAUAAUUAUAUAAAUUUGAAAAACAUUGAAUCGUUAAACGCUGUUUUUCAACAGCAUGUUAUCGUCGUCCACUUGGAUAGAAACGGAAAAAAUCAAUGAAAAAAAUUAAGAAAUAAGAAAACCGUAUACAAAAAUUUGUUAAGUUGCAGAAAAAAUGUUGAGUUUAUCAUCAACCAAUGGAAAAUUAUUGAAUCGAUACUUUCGUGAUUCAACGAGACAAAAGAAAAUGCUUAAAAUUAAAGAUGAAAUUUUAUUGUGUAAUAAAGUUUUAGAUUUAUUACAUAUACGUAUAUGUACAUAAUAUGUAUAGAAAUUGUGAUACAGAUAACCAGUAUAGGAACCGACAUUGCACAUUAGGUAAUAUCAUAUUUUAUUGUAUAAUUAUGAUUUACAAAAUUUUUUAGAAAGAGAAAAGAACGUAAAAAUCAGCUCAUCUUUGUUAUUGAUGUCUUUCAUUAAUCCGAGUAUAUACAGAGAGUAUUUGGUUGCAAAUUGAAACAUUCUUGUGCAUUUAUUUAUUUAUUUAUCUAUUAAUAGUUAAAGAAAAAAAGUGCAUGGUUGUAUCAUUAAUUACGCCUACAGACUACAUCGUUUUACCAGCUGGAUUUUUUCAUUCAUACUUAAACUUGAGUGUCUUUAUCGAGAUAACUUUACACUAGAAAAAAAAACUAAAUUACAGUCAAAAGAUAAAGAAAUAAUUAAAUUAUUAAUUAAAUAAUAAAAACAAAAAAAAAAAAACAAUAAGUAAAUGAAUAAAUAAAAUGGUAAACGUGGUAGUGAAUGUUACUGGAAUAAUUGAAGAUAACUAAUCGCCUCAGCAGCAACAACAACAAAAA